AAGUGCCACUACUAACACUGACUCUAACUAUUUUUCUUAUUUAUUUUCAAUUUUUUAUUUUUUCAAUUCUCUUUACCCCCUCGCGGCGUUACCGUUCACGUUGGCCAAAACAUCACAAAUAUAAAAUGGCAAAACGCACCAAGAAGGUUGGAAUCACAGGAAAAUAUGGUACCCGUUAUGGUGCCUCCUUGAGGAAGAUGGUUAAAAAAAUGGAAAUCACCCAACACAGCAAGUACACAUGUACCUUCUGUGGAAAGGAUUCCAUGAAAAGAUCAGUUGUAGGAAUUUGGUCAUGCAAAAGAUGCCAGAGAACUGUUGCUGGUGGUGCCUGGGUAUACUCCACAACAGCAGCAGCAUCAGUCAGAUCAGCUGUACGUCGUCUUCGUGAAAUCAAGGAUCAAUAAAUAUAUAUUUAAUUAAUCAUUAAAAAUAUAUUUAAUAAAUAAAAUGUUCAUAUUUCAA